GACGGUCAACACUUCCCUUGCAAGGUACUCGAGAAUCAGAGAAAACAGCAGCAGCAGCAGCCAUGAUAGUCCAAGAUCGGGCGAUAUUGUUUUUGUUGCUUCUAUUAACGAGCUCAAUCUCGCUGAAAACUCAAGCCGAAUUGAUAGAACUAACUACCGAAAUCUUCUCUGACAAGGUUAAGGAGAAAGGCACUGCAUGGUUUGUGAAAUUUUGUGUUCCUUGGUGCAAGCAUUGUAAAAACUUGGGAUCACUGUGGGAGGAUCUAGGGAGGGUUAUGGAAAGAGAAGUUGCAAUAGAGAUUGGAGAAGUUCACUGUGGUACAAGCAAAACUGUAUGUACCAAAGUUGACAUUCACUCGUAUCCUACAUUUAAGCUCUUCUAUGAUGGAGAAGAAGUUGCAAAAUAUCAAGGGCCAAGAGAUGUCGAAUUACUCAAGGCAUUUGUUUUGGAAGAGGCAGAAAAGGCAGCCAAUGCUCAAUUUGAGAAGGAUAGCGAUCUGUAAUUAAUCAACCAGAACUGGGGAGGCUUUCUGAUAGAAUGUAUUCGUGUUUAUGGGUGAUAUGGCUGGAAUCAUUGCGUGGUUAUUAACAACUCAUAUUCUUGUGAUAGCAGUUAUUUGAUUAUGGGGGGACAAGUAUGACAGAGGGCAAGAACUAUAAGCGUGUUUUGUCCUUCUCUAGGCAAAAACUAUUAGUAUCCGAAUUGCACUUACUUUGUAUGAACGGUGCUCACUUUCAACAUCGAUUGAUUAUUCGCUGUAUUCGAUGCUUGAGAGUACACCAGAUGAAUUGCAAUCUGGGUAUCGUUUAUCCAGAUUAAGCUGCUGUUUUCUUUUAAGGCGACUGGGUUGGACUUCACUUGGGUAGCCGAAACCGUCUCAACAAUGCAACGUGAUUUUAGUGUGGUUGUCAACACAGAUUGUCGUCUUAUUUAAUUUCACUUUAUGACAAUGCCUACCUAUUUAUUUGAA